AUGUCCCUCCCGCAACUCUCCCUCGAUUUGGUCGUUACGUUUUGCACCAGAUGCGUAGAUUGGUACCGCAACGAGAAAGUGGUGCGCUCUGCCGUAUGCAGUACCUUGUGGAAUUCGACACUGAAGAGGCGCUUGGGCUCCGUCUUCCUCUUUCCAUAUUAUGCCAUAGGAGGUCAUGUUGUUGCUCAUAAUAACUUGACACGAUACAAGAUUAUACCCAAGGAAACGUUAACACCAAUCCAUGGUUCUGACAAGACAAGGAAGGUCAUCAUGGAGGAGAAGUUCCUCUUUGAUGUCGUUCCCUAUUAUGAUCAUGGUGGACGUUGACGUUGAGUUUCCCUUUCCACAAAUUUAUUGAUAUGGUAGUGCUGAAGUGAGACUUCUCUAAGGACAGACGAGUGUGACUAUUUAUAACUCGAUGUUGUUAAUUUAACUGUCUGAUGAAAAGUUGUUCCUCCGAGCACCCUAACCGCCUGAAGCCCUUCCUAUUCGAUCCCUUAGUCUUCUAGUUAGUGUACUAAGUAUAAUAGAACAAUUUGUAGGGGUGCCCGAUCCAGGAUGGGAUGGAACGGAUGGACUUCCCCGCUCCGCUAAGCAUUUCAAGUAGGACCCAAGGACUUUGGUAGGUCCAUCCGAUCCAUACAAGUGAGUCCAUCCUACGCGGCUCGUUAUCUAUAAACUAUUCUAGUAUAACGUUAAACUUAAAAGUUAAGGUGCCAUCUUCUAACCAUUCGUCCAACCAGAGAAUUGCAACUUCAAGCUCGAUUUGCGUUACCACGAAGACCGGUUAUGUUUGUUUAGUCUUCUCCAGUAUGAGAAGAUAGAAGAUGGCGACAAUAUUCCCAGCGACAGCAUACAUUUCGACAACCCAGACAACUUGGUCUGGAAUGGGUACUUGUGUUUUUUUACGCCAGUACGUUGGCUUUGGCAAUUCUUCGUUCUUCAGAGGCCAUGCACACGAAAAACUCGAAAACAACCUUCUUCAGAGACCGAAGCGCCUUCACAAACUACGAACGUACAGGUACCUUCCAAAAACUUGGGAAAACGAGGCGCCUAGGCGUGGG